AUGGCCGCAAUCUUUGACGACGCUUUCGAUGCGCUCCUCGACCGCCUCGUCAAGGACUGGGAGAUCCCCGGUAUCUCCAUCGCCAUCGUCCCUCUAUCGACUUCACAGCCCGUCUUCAAGAGCUACGGCGUAGCAUAUGGCGAUGAGUCCAUCACUCCCAAGACCCGCUUCCCCAUUUGCUCCCUCACCAAGCCCUUCACCGCUCUCACCCUCCUUCGCCUACUAGACGCGCACAACAUCUUCCUCUCCGCCCCUAUCAGCGAUGUCAUCUCGGACUUUCACAUGCGGAACGAGGUGGACGGCGCAAAGGUGACGUUUGCGCACGCCCUCAGGCACGUUACGGGGGUGGAGACGGCGGAUGUGAUGUAUACCGACCCAGCCGCCAAGAGGGAUAUAAUUGAAUACCUCGCCAACCUGCCCUGUCCUCACGCCCCCGGCACCACCCCCUUCUAUUCCAACUACCUAUACGAUAUCAUGGCCCUCGCGAUCGAGAAGCUCAGCGGUCAGGCCUUUGCCGCUGUCCUUCCAGUGACGAUCUUUGAGCCGCUAGGGAUGAAGGAUACCAGCUUUGUAGGCGUGGGAGGGGAGGAUGUGGCGAUGGGGCUGAUUCCGAGAUUGGCGAACGGGGCAUUGGAGCCGGGGAAGGGGAUCGCAACUGGCACCAGCCCAAAGACGGGCAUGCAGUCAAUCGGUACGAGGUGCCAGGGAUCGUACAGCCUCAUAAGCUCCGCAGAGGAUAUGGCCAAAUGGGUCGCUUCCCUCUCCCGCAACCCUUACUUCCCCACCGCCUCUUCCGGCGAGGUUGACGUCCCUCCCUCCUGGCGCUUCUUCCAAGCUCUGCUCGAUGAGCCACUCAAGAUCGGUAUGGGCCUCUAUCACGGCUCGCACGCCGGCGUGGACUUUAUCGAGGGAUGUGGCGCUACUGCUGGGUAUCGGCACAACAUGGCUUUGAUCCCAGAGAUGGGACUGGGUCUGGUGGUCUUGACAAGCUCAAAGGAGGGAAACGAGCUCAGCGCGGCAAUCAAGCUAUGGGCGAUCAGGCGGUAUCUGGGCUUGGAGACGGACUCGGUCCUCGAAGCUGCCACCGCCGAGCGGGCCAAACGUCAUCUUCAAGAAUGCGCCGCGCAGCCCGCUGUAUCUAGCACUGAUCCAACUCGCCCUCAUCCCAUCGGAACGUAUCUCGGUCCAGCCCUCGGAACAUGGUACCUCACUCCCUCCACCUUUGUCGACGAGCGCCCGGAAUGCGUCAACAUCCCAUAUCUCCCCUGGCUGUACGGCGACUGCGUUCCCCUCUUGGCGUCUGUUGGAGAGGGCAAAUACGAGGGCUGUAUGAGAUGGACGGACUGGGCGGAUGGGAAGGUAUACUAUGGGUGUCCCUUCGCCGCAAGGGAGAAGGAGGGCAAGGGGGAGAUAUGGAUCACAGGGUUUGAGUGGGGAGUAAGCGGGGAGAUGUGCGUCCUGCGCCGGGUCUGA